AUGGCGCAAUCCCUCGCCCAAACCGGCACCACCUGCCAACUCACCACCCACCCCAUCCCCUCCCUGCCGGCCGAAUCCCCCCCCGACUCCGUCCUCGUCCGCUUCCUCGCCUCCCCCGUCAACCGCGUCGACCUCAUGGUCCUAAACAACCAAUACCCCCUCAAACCAAAAUACACCUCCCCCACCACCAACACUCCCAUCCCCGGCUUCGACGGCAUCGCCCUCGUCGAAUCCUCCACCUCCCCCCUCUUUUCCCCCGGAGACCUCACACUCCCCCGUGACCUCGGCCUCGGAACCUGGCGCACCCACGCCAUCCUCCCCGCCUCCUCCCUCCUCAAACUCCCCCCCAGCGUCAGCACCAUCUCCCCCAUCGACGCAUCCCUCAUCCGCUCCGGAGCCCUAAUCGCCCACCUCCUCCUCACCAACCCCUCCACCCCCCUCAAAGCAGGCGACCACAUCAUCAUCUCAGCAGGAACAAGCACAGUCUCCCAGUUCCUCAUCCAACUGGCCAAACACCGUGGCAUAAAACCCAUCCUCGUCAUCCGCGACCGUCCCAAUCCAGAACCGGUCAAGGCCGAGCUCCUUGCUCUCGGUGCAGAAGCUGUCCUGACAGAGUCCGAGGUAGAGGCCGGACUCCUUCUCCCCAAACAACCCAUCAUCCUCGCCCUCGACAGCGUCUUUGGCAAAAUCGGCGAGCUCCUCGCAGCUUCCCUCGCACCAGGCGGCAAGUUCGUGCUUGUUGGCUUGUUGGCUGGCCCAAAGGCGAGCAUGCAGCUCACGACUCAGCAUUUGUUCAACCGGCAGCUCAGUUUCCUGCCCUUUAGGGGUUCGGAACACCUCAAGAGAAUGGGGGACGAACAGACGGAAAGCUUGAUCGGUGAGAUUGCGAGAAUGUUUGUGGAUGGGACGUUGAAAAGGCCCAGGGUCAAGGUUGUGGACUGGACCACCGCUGGUGAGGGUGAGGUUGAAAAAGCGCUGAAAGAGGCGGUCGAGCUUGCCAAAGGGGAGGCAGGACACGUCAAGACUGUUUGGAAAUUGACUUGA